AUCGACUGUUAUCAGCAUCUAUGGACGACGGUAACGCUUUCAAAGGGCAAAGGGCCCGAUUGACAUGCACAGAAUGUUAUAGGAGGAAGAUCAAGUGCGACAAGAAUGUGCCUUGCAGUACCUGCAUCAAAAGGGGUUACGCAAACUUUUGUACAAGAGAGGAUGCUUCAACUAUACCAUCGGUACCCCCUCCCGCUUACCAAGCCCAAAGGGUUCCAACAGCAUCCGACGGUUUCAUGCGUACAAUUAUGGAACGUGUAGGCGAACUUGAAUCCAAGCUAGGGAGACGGCAUGAUGCAUCUUUGAGUGAAGCGCCCUUCCAACAUCCCGAAGAUGCUUCAUCGAGUCCGACACAUAAUCAUGUACCGACUUCUCCUCUACAAGAAAACACGGCCGAUGUACCUUCUGAGGCUGCUGAUACGGCUACUGUCCUGGAGUUCCUAGCAUGGGGUCGCAAGAAAGAUGCCCAAUACGGGUCAUCGGCAGAGCACAACAGUGGGCCGAGACGGUUCAGCGUAGGGCAAGAUGACCCAGCAAUCGCAUCCAACACCAUGACCGAGGCUAGUAGAGACGCACAGCUCGAUAUUCUAGAAGCUCUUCUUCCUAGCAAGGAACAUCUUUUGCAGCUUGUCGAAUACCACAACAGCUCGAUCCUCUGGUACCAUUGCUCCUACUCGUCAACGAUAUUCAAUCAAGAUUUGGAUCUAUUUUUCACAGAGUACGAAAGUAAUGUACACAAUGAGAACCUAAACCUACAGUGGCUUGGACUUUUAUUUUCCAUCAUUACUGGAAGCAUCACAUGUGCGCCCCCAUCUGUGUACCAAUCAUGGGGAUUCUCAUCAGCCGAAAAAACAGCGUUAUCAAAAAGAUGGUACGAAGCAAGUGUGACAUGUCUCAACAUUGCAUGUUACAUCGAGAAUCACACCAUAUAUUCCGUACAAGCAAUCGCCACUCUGACAAUCGCGGCUCACGUUUUGGGCAAAUCGAAUAGCCAAUCAGUCUUGCUUGCUUCAGCCGGACGUAUUGCGCAAAGCUUAGGUCUGCACCGCCUUGGCCCUGAGGGCACAACCGCUGCUGUUUCCCAACAGCAACUUCGCCAUCGUGAAAUGGGACGAAGAGUAUUUAACCAGCUCUGUACGCAAGACUGGUUUCAGAUUCCGUUUUCCGAAACCUAUUCACUCAACCCCCGCUUCUGUCAGAACGCAAAACUUUUGAAUUGCAACGACGACGACAUGAUACCUGAGCUUUUGUCUGUACCAACCCAAGCAAGUUAUUGCAGUUACCGUUAUGAUAUUGCUAAACUUAUGCCACAAUUGCUAGACGCUACGGCUGACUGCAAUACGCUUUUCACAAAGUAUGAAAAGGUACUGCAGUAUGACGAGAAAAUGCGGAAGCUUGCCACGGCCUGUAUGCCGACCUUCUUAUCAACCAACGCGCCCGUAUCCAACGACUGGCCGGUCCAUGUAGGGUGGGCAAGGCGAUCCUUAGCCAUUUGCGCUUCGCACAAGAUCAUCAUGAUACAUCGAAAAUUCUUGGGACUUUCGUUUACUAAUUCAGCCUUCUCAUUUACUCGCCGCACAUGCAUUGCAGCUUCCAAGACUAUCCUGAAAGAAGCGCUAUCAGAAAAUGAUGAGCGGGCCCCGAUAUUAUGGAUUGAGCAGGCGUUCUCGAUUGCAGCAGGCAUCAUUCUUAGCCUCGAUGCGUUGCAUCGAAGCACAGACGAAAAAGAAGUUGAGGAGCACAUGAAGCUUGUUGCGGACACAAUCGAUUACUUGAAGGGUCUCGAUGAGAGCAAGAUCGCUUCGCGUGGUAUUCAGUUACUUUCAGCGCUGCAACGAGAGAUCCGGGAGGGUGGAACGAUUGGGAGUAGAAAGCGACCACGAACAGCAGAGUCCAGUGAUACAACUUGCUCAUCGAGGAAGCGGGCCCGCGUGUUGGAUGUGGAAAGUUUCAUCAGCAAUAUGUCGCAAAAUCUUCAAGUGACUAUUCCCACCUCUGCACCAACAGCCCAGGUUCCCGAGUAUGUGGGGGAUGCUUCAUGGGACUCUUUUGUGAAUAUGGUGCCUCCGCAGACAGUUUUGGGAGGACACAGUCUUUUCGAUGAUCUGCUUUCAUUUCGGUUUUGA